AUGCUAGUCAAGUUACAAAGACGGAUGAUGAGCACCUAGUGGCUCAAAGAAAGACUCACUCAUGUUCAUAAUUCAACAUAGUCUACAGUUGCAUUAGUAGUUGAUAAAUCUGAAAUCGAUAGCUUAGACUUCCUUGGACAUCUUAAAUAGUCAAAGGAAUUCAAGUAAGAUCUUGCAAUGUCCAAAAGCUACUGGUUCUAUUCUCCAGAGACACUCAAGAGAUUCCUUCUUGUUCAACACUAAGAGCCAAAGAAAGAUGCCAAGCCCGAAGAUAUCAGAUCUGGCAUUAGGUAGCUUGCUGUUAAAACAUGUCAGGAAUUGCAAUCAAAAAAGAGCGAUGAUGUAGAGAUUAUUUUAUCAGAAAAGAUUCAUCAAGAUCAUCUAGGGGUGUUUACUAACAGUUUUUAUCUUUCUAACUAUGAGUUCACACACAAGACUGCACCUCAAUAAAAAGAAGAAGACAAGAAAGAAGAGGAAGAAGUUGAUGAGAGAACCAAGAAGCACACCAAAAAGAUAGGUAAAUUCAAUAUUCAGCAUCCAGCUAUCCAGGAUGCUCUUAAUUCUGAAGAUUAUAAAGUUUGGGAAGCUUCAGCUAAAGCUACUGAACUAGCUAGAAAUCUUGCUAAUACUAGGGGAUCCGUUGCUGAUCCUGACUAUAUGGAGGCUGAAGUUAGGAAAGUAGUAGAGGGAAAGAAGAAUGUUGCAGACUUCAGAGUUAUCAAGGGACAGGAACUAGUCGAUUUAGGAAUGAAUUUAUUCUAUAAUGUAGGAAAAGGAGCUACUAGUGAACCUAGAUGCAUUGUAGUAAAGUACCUAGGAAAUCCAGAGAAUCCAGAUAAUGUUGAUGUUGCUUUAGUAGGUAAAGGCAUCACCUUUGACACUGGUGGCUUGAAUCUUAAGCCAACUGGCUCAAUGGAGGAUAUGUAUUAAGAUAAGGGAGGUGCUUGUGCCGUCAUUGGUGCUCUCUAGGCCACUUUAGAGUUAGGCUUAAAGAAGAAUGUGAUAUUUGCUAUGGCAUUUGCAGAAAACUCGAUUGAUAAUAAAUCUUACAAACCAAGUGAUAUCUUGAAGUCAAUGAAAGGACUGACUGUAGAGAUUGGAAAUACAGAUGCUGAAGGAAGGCUAGUUCUUGCGGAUACAUUUACCUAUGUUCAAAAGGAAUUCAAGCCUAAGAAGCUAAUUGACUUAGCCACCUUAACAGGAGCUAUAAUGGUUGCACUCGGUAAUGAGACUGCUGGUUUAUUCUCUAACGAUGAUGACUUCGCUUAGGAAAUUAUCAAGACAUCCAAAGAAUCAUUUGAAAAAACUUGGCACAUGCCAAUUACUGAUGAGGCUCGUGAAGCCAUCAAGGGAAGUGUAGGAGAUAUUUCUAACAGUGGUAAGACAAGAUGGGGAGGAUCAUCAAAAGCAGCUGCAUUCUUAGAGAGAUUCAUAGAUAAAGAUGUUAAAUGGGUGCACUUAGAUAUCGCUGGAGCAGCUGGAGUUGCAGGAGCUAAGGCCCCUCUAUGUCCAGAUGCUAAUGGCUUCGGUACUCAAACUCUUAUCAACUAUCUAUAUAAGACUCAAAAUAAAUGA